ACGCCUGUCUGCAGGGGGAUGAGCUGAGCACACUGCACUGGGAGCUCCAUGGUGACAUGUGGAAACCAGUGGCUGAUCUGGUCGUCAUCGCGGGGGUGGGUUAAGGAACCGCUUGAGUUGGAGUCGCUUGGGGACCCGGCGAUGCGCCCUGUAGGAAGCCGGCUUCCGCAGACAUCCGGAAAACGCAUCCAUGCGCCACGGCCCCGCAUCUCCAUAUGCUCCUGACAGAGCAAGGCCCGGAUUCUAUUAGCUCCCGCAAAGAGGCGCACACGCAAAUCAUGGGCACGAGGGGUGCGCCAACGCGGCUUCUACGUUGUGUUUUGCGGAUGGGGCUUCGGAGCUCAGCUGCGCGAUGAGACGGUCGGUGGGAGAUCACGCAGACUUUUCUUGCUACAGAAUCUGACAACAUGGCUGAUCAGAGCAACAUCCAGUCUGCCGCCUCCAAAAGUAUCCGGCCCUUUAAAUCCAGCGAGGAAUACCUGUACGCCAUGAAGGAGGAUCUGGCCGAGUGGCUCAACACCCUGUACGAUCUGGAGAUCACCGCGGACACCUUCAUGGAUGCGCUGGGGUCGGGCUGCGCCCUGUGUCGGCACGCCAACAACGUGAACCGCACGGCGCAGGAGUUCCAGCUGGAGUACCCCGAGGCCGCGCGCCCCAUGAAGGUGCCGUCCAAAGACGUCGUCUUCCAGUCGCGCGGCGUGGUGCCCGGCUCGUUUCUGGCACGGGACAACGUGUCCAACUUCAUCGCGUGGUGCAGACAGGAGCUGUGGAUCAAGGACGUCCUCAUGUUUGAGACUAAUGACCUGGUGGAGAGAUGCAACGAGAAGAACUUCGUCCUGUGCCUGCUCGAGGUGGCGCGGCGGGGCUCCAAGUUCGGCAUGCUGGCCCCCAUGCUCAUCCAGCUGGAGGAGGAGAUCGAAGAGGAGAUCCGGGAUCAGGAGAGUCUGCGGAUCGAUGGGCAGGACCCGGGCGAGCAGAAGUCGCCCAGCAGGUGCAAUGGUCGGAAGGAGAGCUGCCAGAGCGUGCAGGAUGAAGAGGAGGAACCUGAUCCAGAGGCACACAUCUGGCCGCAGAAGAGAAUCUUAUUGGACAUGAGAAAUUUGGACGAGUUGGUGCGUGAGAUCCUGGGCCAGUGCUCCUGCCCAGCCCAGUUUCCUAUGAUUAAAGUAUCCGAAGGGAAGUACAAAGUAGGAGACUCCAGUGCUCUGAUCUUCAUCAGGGUCCUUCGGACUCAUGUGAUGGUGCGGGUCGGAGGGGGCUGGGACACACUGGAGCACUAUUUGGACAAGCAUGAUCCAUGUCGUUGUGCUGCUUUUGCUCACCGAUACCACCAGUCUAAAGCCAGUGGCCAAGGUCAGGGAGCCCAGAGCAAGUCCUCCAGUGCCCAUUCAUCUCGUUCUACCAGCCCAGGUCCACAUUGGAGAAAUGAUGGCAUCGCGCCUUACAAAACUCCUGACAGACGCUCCCUGGAGCCUCAGAGUGCUUCCUCUUCCACCCGACCAGCUCAAUCCCAAAACUCUUCUGCCCGUUCCGAGGUAGACUCUGGAGCAGCACGUACAUUGCUUCCAAAGCCCCCACGAGACCGCUCAGAGCAACGCCACUUUAAUCCUCUCAGGAAUAGGGAGGCAAAGGUGCAGAUGACAAGACGUCUUUCUGGAGACAGUGACUCUUCUACAGCUUCCUCCAAAGGAGGAGGAGGAGGAGGAAAGCGCUCACUUGGCGGUUCUUCGUGGCACUCUGGUGAAGAUGUAGUUCUACUUGUUAAUCGCAAAGAAGGGAAGCACAUGAUUGAGAGGACAGGCUCAGGCAAUCAGACUCCAUCCCAGAGACCUUCAGUGCCUCGUGCCCGGAGCAAAUCACAGGAACGUCCAUCGUUUUCUCCAACACUCAAACCGAACCUACCACCAGGGUCCCCUGAUGGAACGCCUACAUCUCGCACAGACAGGGGGCGCUCUCUGGGUUAUGAGGUCCACAGGAGGCUUCAUCCUCCUCGUUCCCACAGUCAAACUAUGUUAUCCAGGCGUACUUAUUCAAGUGAUGCCCUGAGUGGGAGCACUUCCUCCUCUAGAGAUGUGCAGCCAUCGCCAUCAGGAAGACGAGAGGACCUGGUGCCUAAACAGGCACCCCCAUCCUCUCCUAGAGGGGUUGUUGGACUUACGAAGAAGCAGUCAUCUUCAUGCUCUAAUUCCCCUAUAAAAGGAGUCCAGAGCAACAACAACAGCCCCAGUAAGAGGACUAUAACUACACCCAGACCUCCAGCCCCUCGUUCACCAUCCACAGGGAGAGCCCGGCAACUACCACCUGUCACCACUGGAGGGCGUCGCUCAACACAGCCAUCUCCUCGUAACUCUUAUAACCACGCUACCCGAUCCCCUCAGAUCUCGCAGGCUCCUUGCUCUGCUGGACGCGGCCAACCCAAAAACAUCUCUGGCAGAAAGCUUCAGGAGCCCAAAGAUGAAGGACUGUGCUUUGGAUACCAGAUACUGCCACCGUUAGACCCUGAGAAGGAACAGGACCUGUACCGCAGCUUUGAGGCUGAGUUUCUGGCCAAUACCCAGCAGGUUAAAGAAAAUGUCAUUAGUAAGGCUCCAGGAAGAGCAACCCUGCAGGUAACCGGGAUUCAUCGUGUACCUGCACUCACCGAGUCUACUGUCUCUGACUCUGCUUACUCCUCUUCUAACUCCUCCACCUCCUCCCUAAAUGUUGGUACAAAGAUUGGAACUCUGCCUGACCUCAAGGAAUCCAGAAGAACUAAUCUCCGUCACAUGCCACAGGAGGAUCCUUUAAAUGUACAUUCUGGACAAAAUCUUGGAGGUUCUCGUGAACAUUGGGGGGAGCGUAAAGAUGGCCUUAAGAAGCUCCCAGCCAUUUCGAGCUCAGUGGAGGAGAAGGAACUUCCCUCUUUUCUGUCCAGAGAAACAGACAGGUUAAUGAAUCACAUUCCCUCCCAGUCUGCUUCCCACUGUAGGAAUCUGAAUGGAGAACUUGGAAUUUGUGCUCCAACAGGGGAGCUCAUAGGUCAACAGAGUCCGCUUGACUCGAUGACUGAAAAUGUGCCCCUAGCAAAUCACCUUCCAACCUCCACUUACAUCCUAGAAAAUAAUGACCUUCUGCCUCUUAAAGGUCAAUCGCUUGCACCCCGUUCCCCCUCUGAGGACUGCCCCUUCCAGGAUUCCUCAAGUGAAAACUCUUCCACGUGUUUCAGCUUGAGCGAGUCCCGCUCCGACUCUCCACCGCCAUCUUUGCCUAUGACCAACGGGGAAAACGGGCAACAGAAUGCAAAUGACGUGGACUCGGGCUCUAAGCACAAACCUGGGAGGUUCAAGCCUCGCACUGACAACCGGCCACUAAACACCCCCUCACGUAUCCCCACGCCAUUCAGCUGCAAAAAUAUUCACACUCGUGAAACACUUUCGCCCUGCCACACACCACCGCUGUCUCCCAAGUGCUCACAUUCAUUCAAAAGCUUGCAGCAGGCCUUCACAGACCCCCCAGACAACAAGGAUUGCUCCUACCCUGCACAUAGUAGCCUGGACACUGAAGCUGUAAUACAAAACUGAUGGACGCAGCCAUUGUCAUAAACUUUGACUACUGUGUAACAAAAAAAGACUUGAGAUGAAAACUGUUAAAUACACACUUUUAAAUUAACUGUUUUCCUUGAAUGACACCAGAGGUUCACGUUGCUUUUUUGCACUCAAGCCAAAAUAUUUAU